ACAUAGACUUGAACUUAUUAUUUUCUCCACGUUUUCAGAAGAGGGUCUAUAAGUUGGCAAUAAUUAUUACUUGGUUAUUGUGAUUAGGUCAGUCAUGAAGAGAAUAAGCGUAUUGUUGUUGGUAGUAUUAGCCUGUACUGUGUACAGUGCUGAAAAAGAGGAUGAAAAGGAAAAAGAUAAAAAAGAAAGUUUAGGAACCGUAAUUGGUAUUGAUCUUGGUACUACAUACUCAUGUGUUGGUGUGUUCAAAAAUGGUCGUGUUGAAAUUAUUCCAAAUGAUCAAGGUAAUCGUAUUACGCCGUCUUAUGUUGCAUUCACCACUGAGGGAGAAAGACUUAUUGGUGAUGCUGCAAAGAAUCAACUCACAUCCAAUCCAGAAAAUACAGUUUUUGAUGCCAAACGUUUAAUUGGUCGUGAAUGGGGUGAUAAAGCUGUCCAACACGACAUCAAAUACUUCCCAUUUGAUGUGGUUGAAAAAUUGAAGAAACCCCACAUCAAAGUCUCUGUGAAGGAAGGUGAGAAGAAAACAUUUGCUGCUGAAGAAAUCAGUGCCAUGGUUCUUGUCAAAAUGAAGGAAAUUGCCGAGGCUUAUCUUGGAAAGAAAGUUACUCAUGCUGUUGUCACUGUUCCAGCCUAUUUUAAUGAUGCUCAAAGACAGGCCACUAAGGAUGCUGGUGUUAUUGCAGGUUUGAAUGUUAUGAGAAUUAUCAAUGAGCCAACUGCUGCUGCUAUUGCUUAUGGACUUGACAAAAAAGAGGGGGAAAAGAACAUUCUUGUUUUUGAUCUUGGUGGUGGAACUUUUGAUGUCUCUCUCUUGACAAUCGACAAUGGUGUCUUCGAAGUUGUUUCCACCAAUGGAGACACUCAUCUUGGUGGUGAAGAUUUUGAUCAACGUGUUAUGGAACACUUUAUCAAACUGUAUAAAAAGAAAAAGGGAAAAGAUAUCAGGAAAGAUAAAAGAGCUGUCCAGAAACUUAGAAGAGAAGUUGAAAAGGCAAAACGUGCUCUUAGUACCCAACAUCAAGCCAGGGUGGAAGUUGAAUCUCUAAUUGAUGGAGAUGACUUUGCUGAAACGCUGACUCGUGCCAAAUUCGACGAAUUAAAUGCUGAUUUGUUCAAAUCAACGUUAAAACCAGUAAAACAAGUUUUGGAAGACUCUGGAUUAAAAAAAUCAGAAAUUCAUGAAAUUGUUUUGGUUGGAGGAUCGACACGUAUUCCGAAAGUUCAAAAACUUGUGAAAGACUUCUUUGAUGGAAAAGAACCUAGCAGAGGAAUAAAUCCUGAUGAAGCUGUUGCCUAUGGUGCUGCUGUACAAGGUGGAGUAUUGAGUGGGGAGGAAGAUACAGGAGAAAUUGUUUUGCUUGAUGUCAAUCCACUUACCCUUGGAAUCGAGACUGUUGGUGGAGUAAUGACCAAAUUGAUUGGACGCAACACAGUUGUUCCAACAAAGAAAUCACAAAUAUUUUCAACUGCUGCUGAUAACCAACAGACUGUCACCAUACAAGUCUAUGAAGGGGAGCGUCCAAUGACUAAGGACAAUCAUUUGCUUGGAAAAUUCGAUUUAAAUGGAAUCCCACCUGCACCUCGCGGUGUGCCACAAAUCGAAGUAACCUUUGAAAUUGAUGUCAAUGGUAUUCUCAGAGUUAGUGCUGAAGACAAAGGCACUGGCAAGAAAGAAAAAAUCACCAUCACCAAUGACCAAAAUAGAUUGUCACCAGAAGAUAUUGAACGUAUGGUUAAUGAUGCAGAAAAGUUUGCUGAUGAUGACAAAAAAGUGAAGGAGAAGGUUGAGGCACGAAACGAGUUUGAAAGUUACGCAUACUCGUUAAAGAACCAAGUUGGUGAUAAAGACAAACUUGGCAGCAAACUUAGCGAGGAAGACAAAGGAACAUUAGAAAAGGCAAUUGAAGCUGCCAUCUCUUGGUUAGACAGUCAUCAAGACGCUACAACUGAAGAGCUUAAGGAAGAAAAGAAAAAAUUAGAAGAGGUUGCUUCUCCAAUUGUUAGUAAAAUUUACCAACAACAAGGAGGUCAAGGUGGUGGUCCAGGUGGUCAACAAGAAGGACCAACUCCUGGUUCUGAUGAGAAAGAAGACAAAGAAGAACUAUAAAAAAAAGCGAUAAUUAGGAUUUUAAAUGCUCAACUGAAUUGAGUUUUUCAUACUUAAAGCUAGGUUCGGUUUUUUUCCAAAUUCAAUCUUUUUUUAUAUAAAAAUGUAAUUAUCACUAACAUGAUAAUGGCGUCAGCCUUAAGGUUGUCACUUUUGCACCCCAGUUUAGUGUUCUCAUGUUCCAAUUCUAACAGUGUUCAUUUUGAGAUGAUAUUUUAUAUUUAUUACAAUUACAACAGAAAUGUAAAUAACUUAUGAAUAGAGCAGGUUGAAUUAAAA